AUGAUGAAACAAAAAUUCUGUAGCCAUAUAUUUAAAUUCAGAGAUAUGAAGGAAAGACACAGCAGUCUACGUAGGACCCUCAACAAACUCCAGGCUCAAGGUUCCACACAAAGAAAAGAAGUGGAAGAUAUCACCAUGACCACCAGAUGUUUGCUGCACAUUUGCCUCAUGCUGCUCUUCUCUACGGAAAUCUCAUCUCGGCUCUGUACCAUGCUUCACUUCCAGCAGAACAAAGUGAACAAAGAAAGCUUGGAGCUUCUGCAGAAAAUGAGCGGAAAUUUCCCCUCACAAUGCAUAAAUGAAAGAGCAGCUUUCAGACCCACCCAGGAUGUUGUCCAACUUCCAGUGUCCCAGAAGGAGAAUGCCAAGGUGGCAAUUCAAGAGAUCCUCCAAGAGAUCUUCAACAUCUUUAGCAAAAACCUCACCCAGAGUGCCUGGGAUGAGACUUCCCUAGUCAGGUUCCAAAACGGACUUUAUCAGCAAAGUCAGCGGCUGGAGACAUGUUUGAGAACACAGAUGGAGAAGGAAUUAACCAAACCGGAAAGUGAGGAACUCCAGCUCACCAGUCGGAGAGUGAAAAAAUACUUUCAGGAGAUAGAUGCUUUCCUGAAAGAAAAACAAUACAGCCUUUGUGCCUGGGAGAUCAUUCGCAUGGAAAUACCGAGAUGUUUUGUACUAGUUGACAAACUCACUGGAAGGCUUAGUAACUAA